AGGAAAAGGCCAGCAGCGUUCUUCUCUCCCUGGCACGGUGCCUGUCUCUGCGAGCUGCAGCCUCUGCUGGUGCUUCUUCCUCCAGAGCCGGAGCUGUGAGCACUGCAGCUGCUGUUGAGCCCCAGGCCUGCAGAUGGCUGUUCCGGAGCCUUCCGAGUGGCUGGACAGGGAGCUGUACUCCAGGCAGCUGCCUGUGCUGGGCUUACCUGCCAUGCAGAGAAUUCAAGAAGCCAGGGUCCUGCUGUCAGGCCUGCAAGGCUUGGGGGCUGAGGUGGCCAAGAACCUGGUCCUGAUGGGUGUGGGCAGCCUCACCUUGCAUGAUCCCCAUCCCACCUGCUGGUCUGACCUGGCUUCUCAGUUUUUUCUCUCAGAGACGGAUUUGGGAAAGAGCAGGGCUGAGGCCUCUCAGAAACGCUUGGCUCAACUCAAUGAAGCUGUCCGGGUCUCUGUCCACACCAGUGGCAUCACUGAGGACCUACUGCUGAAGUUCCAGGUGGUGGUGCUGACUGCCUCAAAGCUGGAGGAACAGCUGACAGUGGGUGGAUUGUGCCACAAACAUGGAAUCUGCUUUCUAGUGACUGACACCCGGGGCCUCGUGGGGCAGUUGUUCUGUGACUUUGGUGAGGAGUUCACAGUGCAAGACCCUACAGAGGUGGAACCCCUGACAGCUGGCAUCCAGCACAUCACCCAGGGCUUCCCUGGCAUCCUCACUCUGAGAGGAAGAGACAAGGAGCACUCUUUCUGUGAUGGGGACUUGGUGACUUUCUCAGGCAUCGAGGGCAUGGUUGAGCUCAAUGGCUGUUUUCCCCGACCCAUCCGUGUGCAGAAGGAUCGGUCCUUGGAGAUCGGGGACACGUCAGCUUUUUCCCCUUACCUACACGGUGGGGUUGUCACUGAAGUCAAGAGGCCUGCGACUGUGAGACAUAAGCCCCUGGACAGGGCCCUGCUCCAGCCCUGUGUCGUGGCUCCAAGUGCCUGGGAAGUCCGCCGUGCCCGCUGCCUACAUCAAGCCUUCCGUGCGCUACACGAGUUCCAGCACCUCCACGGCCGGCCGCUGCGGCCCUGGGACCCCGUUGAUGCAGAGAUCAUGGUAACCCUUGCCCGGGACCUGGGACCACUGAAGGGGGCAGAAGAAGAGCCGCUGGACGAGGCCCUACUGUGGAAAGUGGCCCUGAGUAGUGCUGGCAUCCUGAGCCCCAUGGCAGCCAUUCUGGGAGCAGUGGCUGCCCAGGAGGUCCUGAAGGCAAUCUCCAGAAAGUUCAUGCCCCUGGACCAGUGGCUGUACUUUGAUGCCCUUGAUUGUCUUCCAGAAGAUGAGGAAUUCCUUCCCAAUCCUGAGGACUGUGCCCCGAAAGAGUGUCGCUAUGACGGCCAAAUGGCAGUGUUUGGGGCUGGUUUUCAGGAGACGCUGAGUCACCAGCGCUACCUCCUGGUGGGUGCUGGUGCCAUUGGCUGUGAGCUACUCAAAGGCUUUGCCCUGGUGGGCCUGGGAGCUGCAGCCAGUGGAGGCGUGACUGUUGUAGACCUGGACCACGUUGAGCGCUCCAACCUCAGCCGUCAGUUCCUCUUCCGGCCCCAGGACGUUGGUAAGCCCAAGGCGGAGGUGGCGGCGGCAGCUACCCGAGAUCUGAACCCAGACUUACAGGUGACUGCGCACACCCAAGUCCUGGCUCACACCACAGAGAACAUCUAUGGAGACGAGUUCUUCUCCUGUGUCGAUGGUGUGGUUGCUGCCGUGGACAGUUUCGAGGCCCGGCACUACCUGGCUGCCCGCUGCACCCACUACCUGAAGCCACUGCUAGAGGCAGGCACACAGGGCACUCAGGGCAGCGCUUCAGUGUUCGUGCCAGGCGUGACCGAGGUUUAUAAAGGCCCUGCCUCAGCUGAAGCUUCCGAGGACGCCCCCACCCUUGUCUGCACCGUGCGGAACUUCCCUAGCACCUCCGAGCACACCCUGCAGUGGGCUUGGAAUGAAUUUGAGGGACUCUUCCGACUACCUGCAGAGACCAUCAACCGCUACCAACACAGGGCAUCCACUUCCCCGGCCGAUGUGGGUGAGCCACCCAUGCUGACCUCACUGCACCUGGUGCGGGGUGUCCUGCGAGCGCGCCCACGGACCUGGCAAGACUGUGUGGUGUGGGCCCUUGGCCACUGGCAGCUCCGCUUCUGUGAUGACAUCGUACAGCUGCUGAGGCGCUUCCCACCUGAUAAAGUGCAAGAGGAUGGAACUCUGUUCUGGUCAGGUCCCAAACAGUGUCCCCAGGCCCUGGAGUUUGACAUCAGCCAAGACAUGCACCUCCUCUACAUACUGGCAGCUGCCAACCUGUAUGCCCAGAUGCAUGAGCUGCCUGGCUCAUCGGAUAAGAUUGCACUCAGGGCACUGCUGAAGUCGCUGCUACAGACUGACUCCCCGCCUCUGGCCUCCCCCUCCGCUAGGGAACUAGCUGAAUCUGGAAGAACACAGGAGACAGACCAAGGACACCCAGCACCUACUCCCCUGACAGGCCCUGAGCUGCAGGAAUUCCUGGAAGUCUGGAGCAAGGGCCCGGCCCUCAAGCCCCUGGUGUUUGAAAAGGAUGAAGACAGCAGCUUCCGCAAAGACUUUGUGAGGGCAGCCGCCAGCCUGCGAGCUCAGAACUAUGGGAUCUCAGAACCAGUAGACUUUGCUCAGAGCAAGAGAAGGGUGAGCCCGAUCAUCCCAGCCAUUGCCACCACCACAGCAGCGGUGGCAGGCCUGCUGGGCCUGGAGCUGUACAAGGUGGUGGGCGCGUCACGGGCCUUUCGUCAUACCUACCUGGACCUGGCUGAAAACCGCCUCGAACGCUCGGCACCUUCUCCCCCAGCCAUCCGGGAGUUCCAUGACCUAAAGUGGACCGGCUGGGACCCCCUGAAGGUGCCUGCUGGGCAGCCUGAGAGGACGCUGGAGUCACUGCUGGCCCAUCUCCAGGAGAAAUACGGGCUCAAGGUGAAGAUGCUGCUGUUUGGUGGUGCUCUGCUCUAUUCAGCCAAGGACUCCCCUAAGAAUCAGGCUCAGUACCUGCCCCUCAGGGUGACGGAACGGGUUCAGCAGGUGACAGGCUGGGCGCCUGGGUCUGGACAGCGGGUGCUGGUGCUGGAGCUGAGCUGCGAGGGCGAGGAGGAGGACACGGCCUUCCCACCUCUGCACUACGAGCUGUGCUAAGGCUGCGCUGCCCUCGGCUUAGGCAGCCCCGCGCAGAGCCCUGACUCCGAGGCCCCAGCAGGCACUCAAUAAAACUCGCUGAAGGAAGCCCUGA